AAAUUAGGAGAAAAAGAGGGGGGAGUCUGUAAUGAAACCGAAGAGAGAAAAGAAGUGUGGAGGCUCUUAGAGGCUACUACGAAACCUCGACAAGACGGAGAGGAAGCAGAGAAAAGGGAAGGCUUGAUUCAGGCUCUCUCUGCCUCUGCUAAUUAAGACAACAGCAACAAGCAGCGGCCACACUUUUUAAUUGUCUAAGAAGCAAUAAGAACAGCAAAAAAAGAAAAAGUAAAAAAAAGAGAGAGAGAGAGAGAGAGAGAGAGAGAGAGGCGCAUUUCAGAUAUUUUUCCUUUCUAAGAAGACAUCCCACUCGUAGCAGCAGCGAUGGCGCCAUCUCUCCUCCAGGCCUACAGGAGGCGCUGGUGGAUGGCGGUGACAGCAGUCAUUGAAAACCUGCUGUGUUCAGCCGUGCUGCUUGGCUGGGGCUCCCUGCUCAUCAUGCUGAAAAGGGAAGGUUUCUACUCACACCUGUGCUCAGAGAAUGAUUCUGUGGUCGUGUCCUCGGGCAACUCUUCCUCCGGUCGCGAGGAGGAGGGUUGGCUCAGCUGUGUGGAUCAGGAGGAGAUGCUAAAUCUGGGCUUCACCAUUGGCUCCUUCUUGCUCAGCGCCACCACCCUGCCACUCGGUAUCCUGAUGGACAAGUUUGGGCCACGCCCGAUCCGCCUGGUGGGCAGUUCGUGUUUUAGCCUGUCCUGUAUCAUGAUGGCCGCGUCAGCCUACAACCCUGAUGUUCUGUCAGCACUCAUCUUCUUGGCUCUCUCCCUGAACGGCUUUGGGGGCAUCUGCUUGACCUUCACCUCACUCACGCUUCCUAACAUGUUUGGUACUCUGAGCUCCACUGUCAUGUCUCUGAUGAUUGGCUCCUACGCCUCCUCUGCUGUGACCUUCCCUGGAGUCAAGCUGAUCUACGACGCAGGUGUGUCCUUCCAGGUGAUCAUGUGGAUGUGGGCGGGUCUUGCUGGGUUUGUCUUUUUCAACUGUUUCCUCAACUGGCCCACAGAAGGCUUUCCGACACCUGAUGAGGUAGACUACAGUAAGAUUCUCACGCUGGAAGAGCUGCCUUCAUCGGAGCAGAAGGCAGUUGCAGAGAGACUGAGCCAGAAAAACGGAGACAUUCGACACUCCACAGAGAAACUUCCUAAUGGACAUGAUGUUGCUGUCAAUGCUGUUCCGUUCCGUCGGUCUGUUUUCUCUCCCAUCUUCCUGUGGAGUCUGGUUACAAUGGGGAUGUCCCAGCUGAGGAUCAUCUUCUUCAUGGGGGCAAUGAACAAGAUGCUGGAAUUUUUGGUCACCCACGGUGAUGAGCAUCCAUCUGAGCAGCUGGUGAUUGAGGCAGAGGAGAAAGUGAGUUUCUACUCGUCCAUCUUUGGCACACUGCAGCUGCUGUGUCUGGUCACGUGUCCUCUGAUCGGAUACAUCAUGGACUGGAAGAUGAAGGAGUGUAAAGAGGAGAAGACUGUCCCCCCAGGCACAGAGCAGAGACAGACCAGUGGACCCAAGAGAGACAGUAAGAUCCAGAAAGUGACCAACGCCAUGAGAGCCUUCAUUCUCACCAAUCUACUGCUGAUCGCUUUUGGAUGCUGCGGCCUCGUAGAUAACCUGCCUCUACAGAUCUUGACCUUCAUCCUCCACACGAUGGUCCGAGGCUUCAUCCACUCCUGCUGCGGAGGCCUUUAUGCUGCCGUCUACCCAUCCAACCACUUUGGCACCCUGACGGGCCUCCAGUCCAUGAUCAGUGCUGUGAUCGCGUUGCUGCAGCAGCCGCUCUUCAUUGCCAUGGUUGGACCACUGAAAGGAGACGCCUACUGGAGACUGUAUGACUGUAACUGUAACUUUCCACCUCUCUCAUGCGACGUCCAUCCAUCAGAUCAACCUUGGCCUGCUCAUCCUCUCGUUGUCUGGCUUCCUGCUGCCGGCUUACCUGUUCUACCACCGCAGACACCUGCUGAGGGAGAAGGAGGCCCGGGACAAGCAGGCCGCCGGACAGGAAAUGCAGGCACUCAACCACACCGAGGUCAACGGCCACAAACCUCACAGCAACGGUGCUGUGGAGGCUUAGAGCGACACAAUAGAGCCAAGGAUCGGGAGAAUCGUAAGAUUUAUUUUUGUAUGUGCCCUCAAAAUGAGCACCAGCAAUCUACUCGUCCAUAUAUAUUUUUUUGUUUUGAUAUUUCCCUUGUUGUUUUCUUCGUCUUAUUUUUGGUCAUUGCUGGUGCACAUUUUGCUCACCAGAAAACCACAGAGCAAACAGAUUCCCCAUAUUUUGUGGCACCUCAGAGUUAGUCUUUUAUUUCCUUGUGAGUUGGGGAGAAGCGCAUGUCAUCAUCCUUUGUUGCUGUUUAUUUAUUUUGGUUUAGGUCCAAGAGCCAGAUUAGUGUGAUUUUUUUUUUUUAAAGCCAUAGAUUUCACUGACAGACAUAUGCACACAUCCUGUUAUGGCCUGUGUGUCAGACUGUGGAUAUCACGGUACUUGAAAUACUGUUAAAUAGUUUUCAAAGAUAAUCAUCACAAUUCUUGCUAACACCAAAGAACAGCUUAAGGAUAUUAGAAAAGUUAACAUUUCUACUUCAGUAUUGUUUUAAAAAUAUGGUGAAUGAAGCUAAAUCUUAGCGUAGUAUGUUGUUUCUACUGGUUUCCCUUCAACAAAAGCUAUAAAUAUAUAUCUAUGCAACACUAUUAAAAGCAUACAGGCUAUCAAAUGAAUUUUAAAGCAUUUGAAUAUCUAAAUACCAGAUGUCUGGUAUGUAUAAGGAAGAUUUUUGGGCCAUUUUUCUAAGCCCAGUCAGACACACACAUAUGAACACAGAUAGACUGGUUGUAGAGACACCACAUCUACCUCCUCUGUUUCCCUUUUUUUGUUUUUUUGUACUGUCUCUCUGCAACUGACUCCCGUCUGUCCACUUCUUUUUCCUCAUUAGGGCAUAAUCUUUAGAUCGUCAGAUACCCAACGAAUUUACUCAGUGCAGCAUUUCUCCUUGUGCAUUCAUGAUGUGUAGAUGUAAUGCUGAGUCAUUUCUGAAAUUUUUAUAUAAAGGAAAAAUAUCUUUGUGGAGACACAAGGAAAAAUAUGAAUGACGUUUUAAAUUCUGACACACAAUGUGUGUGUGUGUGUGUGUGUGUGUGUGUGUGCGCGUGCUUUAUACACAGAAAUGAACUAGUGUGUGUAUAAAAUAUGUAUUUAAGUGUCUUUUUUUUAUACUCUAGCAUUAUACAUUAGCAUUAAAAAAAGGGAAGAGUUUCUUUCAGUAUCAGCAAAUGUCAUCUAAAUGAAGCUUGGAUGAUUUACUGUGUAUUCUACUUUUUGCUUUAUUAGUCAUGAACUGAUUCUCUCAAGAUUUUUCUUUUUUGUAAAUAGGACUGAGGUGUGUGUUGUAUUUUCAUACAUAUUCUGCUUGCUUUACUAUAUAUGCGUGUGUACAGUAAAUUAACCGAAGGCUGAGGAGACACUGGCUGUCUUGGAUGCUCAUCGUCGCAUUAAAAAGCAACCCUCGUGUCUGCCAGCUGCAGAUAGAACCAGAAAACUGUACUUUCUUCCAAAGACAGGACAAAUUGUGUCGAUCAUGUACUGUUUUGCUCUGCACACAGCAACGGUAUCGUGUAGAUUUAUGGAAUCAGUUGUAAUGCAAUGAUUUUUAAUUAAUUUUUUAAGUAUUACAUUUCAGGUUCAAGAUUGCAGCCUUAGAUGUUUCCUUUCGUGUCGUAUGUUUUUUUCUUUUUUUUCUGGUUUUUAGGUGCUCUUUGCUCUUGCUUGGACAGAGAUUCUGUUUUGAUUCGACUCUGUCUUUGCUGCCAUCUCGGCUUAAUUGCAGUAGAUAUGAAUGUAAGAAUAAUGCUUCAGCCAAACAUCCUUCUUUGUAAGCCAAAGCCAUGUGUAGAGACUGUAAGCCAGUCGACAGUACAGCUCCUUUCCUCAGCAGAGCGUACAGGAUCAGAAUGAACAGGAACGCCUGAUAAUGUUUGUUUUUUUAGUUGCUGCAGGUGUCACUUCAGCUUGAUGAUCAUUUUUGAGGUUGUAUUUUCUGUUCUUUAUCCAGCUUAUAAAUACAAUCAAGUGCAUUUCAGUCAGUGCCACUGAGGUUUUCCAGUUUGUCAUUACUUGUCUCUUACUGCAGUCCUCUGUAGUAUUUUAUGUUUGAAACCAACAUACUAUCAAUUUCAGCAACAAAUAUGUGACCUCUUGGUACUUCUGUGAAGCUGCUCAGUUAAAGCUGACAAUUACUGCCAAAUGACAUUCAAGUUAAUGUGACUCCCUGGUGCUCAUGACAUUAUUGUCACUGUAUUAUCUAUUGUCUAUAAGUUUAAUCAUCAUCGUGUCUGGAAGUUACUACAACAAAAAUUAAAAUCCUUUCAUUUUUUGUGUGUUAUAAGAUCAUCCACAGCGGCUUAUCUAAUCUCUUUGUCCUCGGGGUUGAAGCGCUGGUAUGUCGUGCUAAAUGUUCGCCUUUCUUUCCUGCUUUCAAUCAGUAUAUCCAGCUUGUGCACAUGAAGAAUAAACGUAUGAGUGUUAA